UUAUGAUGCGCGCAUGCGCAGAUCAUAUUCCUCCCGAGCAAGACCAGCACUGUGGUACUGAGCAGAGUCUUGCUAUGAGUGCCAAAGCAGACCUGGAUGUCCUGCCACAUGAUGCAGAUGUCCCAUCUGAAAGCAGCGUCUCUCACGCUUCCAAUGACAGUUCCUCUCAUCGGCUGAAACCCCAGGAUACUACCACAAUAAUUUUUCCAGCUUCUGCUCACUCAUUGCCAAAAGUGGAGCUGCCUCAAAAUGCAAUCAAGGCGAUUAAAGGCAGUGAACUGGAGGCUGCAUCACUUCCUGCUCAGGUUGGAGGGACCAUUGUCCAUGUUCUGGGCUGGAAGGAGGGAAUGGCGAUCCUCCCUGGAAGCAAUCUGAAGCUAUGUGUUAGUGAUACUGGUUCGCUGGAAGUGGUCAGUGAAGGGAAAAUAGGCUCUGCUAACCUGACCACCGGAGGAGCUCAGACAAAAUCAGCUGAUAUGGAGCUCAAACAGGGUGAAAAAUCAGGCAUCUCGGCAGGUGGGAAUGGCAGGCCGGCUGCCUUUGUGGAGGCUGACAGACUUCAGAGAGGACAUAUGGAAGCUCAAGAAAAUCCAGUUCAUAGCAAGUGCAGUGAGACAUCGACCAAACAGACUUACCUACAUGGAGAACCAAUGUCUAAAAAUCCUGCAGGGAUUGCAGAAGCACAGGAUGCCUAUCAUGAGCAUGAAAUGCUGAAGCCCAUGAAGAAGAGGAAGAGGAGGGAAUACAACAGCCCAUCAGAAGAGGAGUCUGAUGCUGGACCAAUGGAGGAAAAAGUUGAGGCUUUAAAAAUUGAUGGCAGACACAACAAAGCAGAGACUAAACUGGAGUUGUGGUCCUGGCCACAGUACCUAGAGCAACAGAAAGCUGUGGCUGCUCCAGCUAGACUCUUCCAGGAGACCCAAAGGGUACCCAUGAUUAAGAACAACUUCCGACAGGGUAUGAAGUUAGAAGGCAUUGAUCCCCAGCAUCCCUCUAUGUAUUUCGUCCUGACGGUGGCUGAGGUGUGUGGCUUCAGAUUACGCCUUCAUUUUGAUGGCUAUUCUGACUGCCAUGACUUCUGGGUCAAUGCUAACUGCCCUGAUAUUCACCCAGCUGGAUGGUGUGAGAGCACAGGACACAAGCUAUACACUCCAAAAGGAUGUAAAGAAGAAGAGUUUUCUUGGUCCAACUACCUAAAAAUCACCAGAUCACAAGCGGCACCGAAAGAGUUGUUUUCUAGCUCAAUCAAAUCUGAGACAGACUGUGGGUUUGAGGUGGGGAUGAAGUUGGAGGCUGUCGACCGCAUGAAUCCCUCUCUCAUCUGUGUUGCCACAGUAACAGACAAAGUGGGCAACCGUUUUCUGGUUCAUUUUGAUAACUGGGAUGACACGUAUGACUACUGGUGUGAUGCCAGCAGCCCAUACAUUCAUCCCACUGGCUGGUGUCAAGAGAGGGGCCUCCCCCUGACGCCUCCGCAGGAUUAUCCUGACCCCGACAGGUUCUCAUGGGAGAGAUAUUUGGAAGAGACGGGCUCAACGGCAGUCGCUGCUGAAGCAUUCAGAGUGCGUCCUUCCCAUAGCUUCCAGGUGCAGAUGAAGUUGGAGGCCGUGGAUAAGAGGUGUCCGGGGCUGAUCCGUGUGGCUACGGUGCAGGAGGUGGACAUUUACAGAAUAAAGAUUCAUUUUGAUGGUUGGAGCCACUUGUAUGAUGAGUGGAUGGAUUCAGACCAUCCAGACAUCCACCCUGCAGGCUGGUGUGAAAUCACAGGACACCCGCUCAAACCUCCACCCUGCCAACCCACUGCCCAGAAACCUGGUCCCAGGGAGAACCUGACAGCCCGACAGCCCAACUUCUCCAUGUCUUGUAAAAGUCUGCCUCAGCCACGCAACACCUCCAAAUACAGCUUUCACCACAGAAAGUGCCCUACUCCGGGAUGUGACGGGUCAGGUCACGUGACCGGGCGUUUUACAGCACAUCACUGUUUAUCUGGCUGUCCGCUGGCUGAGAGGAACCAGGGCCGGCUCAAGGCGGAUCUCUCUGAUACAGAAGGAUCCAGACGUAACCUGCUGGUCUUCGGCCAGAGAGCAAAAAAGUCACGAUAUCAUGGCAGGAUUGGUCGCCCCCCUAAAUAUCGUAAAAGUCAGCAAAGAAAUUGUCAGAAUAUGACUGUGGAAGGAAUGUACCCUUCUCUCUUCAUGACAGCGUUUACUGCAAACUCUGAUCGAACCCUCUCUCUCUGCUGGGAGCAGCACUGCAAACUACUGCCUGGUGUUGCAGGAAUUCAUGCAAGUCAAGUAGCUACCUGGACUAUAGAGGAGGUGUUUGGAUUUGUUAAUAACCUUAUUGGUUGUGAGGAGCAGGCCCGAAUUUUUAAAGAUGAAAUGAUCGAUGGAGAGGCCUUCCUCCUUCUGACUCAAAAUGAUAUUGUGAAGAUCAUGAAUAUAAAGCUAGGACCAGCGCUGAAGAUUCACAACGCCAUUUUAAUGUUCAAAAGCACAGAUGAAGGCCUGAAGUGAACAAUUAAUCUUCAAGCUCCUCAUGCCGUAACGAUCCAUUCAGAAUCCGACAUCUAUCACGUGUUUGGUGUUUAACGUCUGAACCCACCAGAGAGAGAGAGAGAAAACCAGGACUCAAGAGCAGGAUGAACUAUACACAAGAGUACAGCCUAGCUGAGCUUUGAUGCUGCUUUAUUUCAAAAGCGAAAUGACACGUUCUGAUAAAGAACAACUUGAUCUGAAACCACCGUGCAGGAUUUUUCAGAUAGGUUUUUUUUUGUAUUUGGAGUGUUAACUGAAAUCUACAAUUGUUCUCAGUAUGUUGUGGUGACACAAGUGAAAUUGGUGCAGAGAAAUAUCAGGGCAGAUUUCAGUUGAUUGGUGCUACUAUCCCCUUUAUUAGAACCCUGAUGUUGUUUAUGCACUUUACAUGAGGAGCCACUAGAGGGAGCUGUCCUUUAGACAGUGAGCAAUCUGAGCCAACUAAAUCCAUUGUUUGGGGACCUUUAACAAUAUUUGCCCUCAGUAACAAAGUGCUACUGACAUUGUGGUGUUAAAUGAGAUUAUAGUUUCAAAUGAGCUAUUUUACGGAGUUUGGAUUGUAAUGUCAGUGUUGUUAUUUUUGUAUGAAUGGAAAACCCAGAGGGGUAAAUAGUAACCAAGGCAGGUAUUUAGGUGAUCUAUGUUUCUCUCUCUGAUGGGAAAUUUUAAUAAUGUACAGUUAAGUAACUAUGUUGUUCAGUUCAUCAACAUGAAUAAAUGUUUAAUUCAA